AUGUUUGUGUUUUGUUUUUUUAAAAUAUUUUGUAGUACAAAUUCGCAUUAUAACAAUUAUGAGAAUCGUGUAAUACCUGUUUUUGAACAGAGAAGUAUGUUUGUAAGAAAAAAUAAGCCAUUUAUAAAGUUAACGUACAGUGAAAAACUUCGCUUUUUUUCCGAUCUAAACUCUUCUAUUGUAUCAAUACUUGUAUGGAAUAAAAUGAUGAGGAGCAGAUCUGUAGAAUUUGGAAAAGCAUACUAUAAUUGCUUUUUCUACGAAAGGUUAAUUACAAACUCCAUUGUUUUUAUUGAUAAAUUAGAAAACGUAACUAUGUAUAAUUUUGUUGAACUAUUAAGAAAGGUUUUGAUAUUUGAGUCAGAUAAAUGGAUUUAUUCAUCAAAGAUUGCGUCAUUGGAGACAAUUCUUUUUUGUACAAAUAAAAGUAGUAAACUGACUAAACAAAUGAUUUUAUACACAAUAAAAGAUAUGCUAAGAUUUCUUUCUAGUUAUAAAGAAUAUAUUGCCGAACUGCGUCAUAUUUGUCAACUUAACAGAAAUAUUUUUUGUGGCAUAUUAAGAAGAGUAAAAAAUACUAAUUACUUUGGAGGAGUCCUGUUUUUACAAAAAUUUAUCGAUACAAUUAUAGAAGACCGGGUAGUAGAAGAAAUAACAGAUUGCAUUGAGUUACUCUCUAUUUUUUUACGCGAGAAUGCUAUUUUAAAAUUUUUUUCUAGUCAGGUUAUUUAA